AUGUUCACAUUGCUGACCAAACUUCCCAUCCUCCUAUUCUUUUUGGCUGCAUUUGGGGCGUCUUUCUCGAUGGCUCUCCCGACGGAUCAUGGGGUCAGAGCGCCCGAACCUACUCUGGAUGCAUCCACCAAACGUUUGGAGCUGCUCAAGGGUCCGCUUGCCGCUAAGGACUCAAGUAAGUUCCAAAUACCAAUUAGUGUUCACAUUGUAGCUCACUAUCUGACUAGGCCCCAAAAGAUG